CCUUCCGACCGAUUCCAGGUUCAGUACAAGAACUCGGGUCUGGAGAUCGAACGGAGCGGUUACUUCACCGGUUACGACUCGGAAGUGCAACCAGGAAUCGGGAACAGCAUCGCGAGCAGUGUUGCCGCAUUCCUCGCCCCCAUCUUCCCCUCCACUCUCGCCAUCCUCAAUCAGACGACAGGGGCUCGGAAUGAGAUCCCGUGGGACGACUUGAGGGACUCGAACGACUUGGAUUUGCUUCUCGACGGUCUCCUUGCCUCCAGGGCGUCCGACGUCGGGUCUUCGUUCGGCGGCAAGGGUGGGUGUCCGUCUCGG